GUUGUGUUUGUCCAUUUGAAUAGUGUGAUUUCUGCAGCCAUGCCCACUCAGGACCUCUUUGUUGCUGCAGCUCGUAAAUGUCUGUCUGCCGGUAGGAAAUCUCUCUCUGUCCCUCAGAGUCUGGACCUGGCUGCUCAGGUCUCGGCUGUUGAUUUGGGAUUGAAACCAGCCUUAUUGUAUGACAGCAACGGCGCCAGCUCAGACCAGGUGCAGCAGUAUCUGAGGUCUUUGCAGUCUUCCCAGCUCGUGUCUAGAUCACUCCUCACACUGGAUUUAAACGGAAAUGCUCUUAUUGUGAAUCCAGUUGCAGUCAGGUCAAACGUAGAGCAGCUGUUUUGUGACGGCAGCUUGGCUGUGAUUGAUGUGUGCCACUCGCUGGAGAAACCUGCCAUCGCUGAUCCUCUCAGAGGAGAGCUGAAGAGCACGAUAGAAGAUUUACUGGUGCUCCUGGAAGGGUUCAAACAUCUGAAUGAACAUGAGAAACCUCAUUGUGCCGGAGAGAAAUCGGAGGAAUGGAACCUGUGCACAGUGUUUGGUGUUUUAUUGGGUUACCCCGUCACUUACUGGUUUGAUCAGAACAAGAGCUUUCAAAACUGUCUGUCCAUGACUCCCCUGACGGUGACGACAGCUUCAGCAACAUGGAAGGUGGACUCCGCAGGGCACGAGUGUCUUCUGUACUCCUUCAGCAUCCCUUCUGUUCUGCUUCAAGUGAUGCAGCCCAACCUGGAAAACUGGAGGCUUCGUUUACAGGAAAGAUUUCAGCAGCAAAACGUCCUCAAGGAUCUCACCGUUAGUCAGUCCACAGUCACUCUGCCCUCAGUCUGUUUAUGAUGCUAGCAGCAUACUUAUAAACAAUAAACUGUUUGUUUUUACUUUAUCACUUCAUUAAAGUGUCAAAAAAGCUGUUUA